AUGCCAACGGACGGCAUGUGCCGCACGUGGAACCCGGCGGACACCAACCCGGCCCCUCAACACCACCACCACCACCACGCUGAACCACCACCACCACCACAGCAUCACCACCACCACCACCAACAACAACAGCCUCAACCUCAACUGCACCAACCCCACGAUUGGGACAUCAACGACACCAACAUCCCGCCCAUCACGCGGUUCGACACGUGGUGCGAAUGGCCCGACGGCCACUGCCGCCUCGCGUAUCCGCCGGAUUCCGACGCCGCCCGCCGCCACGCAUCCGGCUGGGCCAUGCGCAACACCAACAACCACAACGUGCACAUUCUCAAAAAGAGCUGCCUCGGGGUGUUGGUGUGCGCCAAACGAUGCGACGUGCAUUUGCGACCCGCCAUUUGCGACAAGGCCCGGAGGAAGCAGCGUGGGAAGCCGUGCCCGACACCCGGGUGCGGCGGCAGGUUGGACGUGUUGCCGUGUCGGGGCCAUUGCGGGUACCCCGUGACCCAUUUCUGGAGGCACACGGACCACGGGGUGUUUUUCCAGGCCAAAGGGGUGCAUGAUCACCCGAGGCCCGAGCCCAAGGCCACGGCAGAGGUCCGCAGGUCACUUAGUGGGAGUACAACCUCACUGAGAAGAGGUAGACCAGCUCCAGCAACAUCUACAUCUCCAUCAUCAUCCUCAUCCACCACCACUUCCCCACUCAUGUUCUCAGGAAAUGGAAACAUCAAAUUGGAAAAAAUGGAAUCAGCCCAUGAACAGCAACCCUUGCACCAAUCACCAGUGCAAAACCCAGUUAUGGCUCCCAUAACCACACCCCCUCAUGCAGUGGCAGAGUUCUUUGCAUCCAAUCCAUACACUGUAACUGAACAAGAUUCACUUUCUUCUUCUGCAUAUCUUGGAGAAUACAUUCAUCCCCCUGAAGAUUACUGUUGGCAACAGCCACAGCAGCAACUGCAACCACCACAGCAACCCAUAUUAGAGAUGUCUUGUACAGUCCUGCAACCAGAGUAUGGGGUUCAUCAGCAACACCCUCCUCAUGAGGAGUAUGGGUACCAGUGGACAGAGACAGACAGUGUGCACUUGUACAGCAUGGAUGACAACAGGAUGAUGACUGUACCUGCUAAUGCUGCUGACCUCCAUGAAGGAUAUUAUGUACAACCUCAGCAGGAUCUUUCCCAGCAACAGCUUCAAGAACAAAGUCCUUUUCUUUUGGAUUAUGGCUACUAUUCAGUCCCUCCAGAAUAUGGUCCUGAUGUGCAGGUUCAGCCUGAGACCAGAGCAGUGAUCCAGAUGAUGUCCAUGCACCCAUUUGUCCUGUCAGCCAACCUUCACAAUGGGGCUCUGGUGGCAAAUUAUCCAUUUGACAAAAGCCGGUCUGGGAGACCCAAGGAGUACACUUCCACUCCUGAUGAUGACACCUUCAGAGCCUUGGCUUUGGCGUAUUCGAGACAUCAUCCCAAGAUGGCCGACGAUUCCUUCCCUGGCUGUGAUGAGGAUGACAAAGAGUUCCAGAAGAAUGACGGGAUUACAAAUGGCGCCAAGUGGUACAGCGUUAGAGGAGGUUAGUUCAUAUAUCCUUCUCUUGCUCAAUUACGAAUGAAAAUAACCCUGGA